GCCCUCGAGUCAAAUAUGCCUCUGAAGGUACAUGAGGAGGAAUGAGAGCAAAGUUUUAACAAUGUCAUUACUCGAUAGAGAGCCUAUCUACACUAUGAUAUUGCAUACUUGAUACUUUGGAUAGCUGCUGCCAUGAUGCUUGGUUCCUUGACAUCAUGCUGCUGGUGUCAAAUUUUGCAACUAGCUUUUGUUUUUGGGCCCUUUUUAUGGACAAAAAAUAACUCAAAUUACAAUUCUGGGCCCGAGGCAGGCACGACAAGCGAAUAAAAGCGCCCCCUCCCAAAAAAUAGAAUUUUGGGGAAGAAUCAGUUGGCUGAGUCGAUUCACCAAAGCCAACUAACAAGAAAGAAUUAGUUGGCUCGUUCUACACGCCCAAUUACCCAAAUAUUACGCCACUCUGAUUUUCUCAGCUUCAGUCGAAUCCCUCUCUGCUGUCAGAGCUCCAGCUACUAAGUUACUGGUGCUCCCUGUUAAUACCAGUUUUUCAAGCAUGUCCACCGAGAACUUGUUUGUUAGCAAUGUGUUUCAAAGAAGAGAUGUAUCCCUUGACUUCCCAAGCAACAAGCGUGUGAUCAGAAUAGUGAAUACCAAGAUGACUGGAACCUGCUGGGAUAGUUCUUCUACAGACGUUACAUAUCAUGAUAUAUUAACUCUAGCGGACCAUGAAGUUAUUGUCUCAGUCCCUGACUUCCUGCUUGUAUCCAAAAGGCAAGAGCAUACAACGAAGAUGGCUGAAAUUCUUACCAAAUUGAGGGUCCCAGAAUUUGAGCAACCACCUAUCAUUGAUAAAAUAUUUAUGGCGGUUGAACUGGCUGACAACCCCCACUGGCCUAUUGCUUGCCUCAUAAUGGAUAUCACCUUAUUUCAUCAAAAGAUCAGCAUGACCUAUCAGUUAGAUUGUUUUGAGAAAGUGAGAAUUGAUAGUUUGGAAGGUACUGUUAGACACAAACAGUGUGUCAUUUGUAAGGAGAGCCUUGAUCACUUUGAGGGUGUAGAGGAAGGAAUUGAUCGUGGUCAGCUGAUUCGCUUGCCCUGUUCACAUAUUUUUCAUCAAGAUUGCAUUUUCCAAUGGCUGACGAUGAGUCAAUUGUGUCCCUUGUGCCGAUACUCGGUGCCAGUUGUGGAACAGGCGAGGCCGGUUGUGGAACAGGUAAUGCCGGUUGUGGAACAGACAACUGAGCCAUCAAAACCAUCAUGGCGGCAGCUGCAUUGGCCUAUGCUGGUCACAGCGACUGCAGGUGGUAUAUUAACUGCUAUGUUGGUAUGUAAAUUAUUGAAGCAAAGCCGAGUGUAAAAAUAUCUGCACAUUAGCAAUUUCAUCAAAAAUAGAUGCUCAUAGAAUAACUUACUGUUUUUAUAUUAGCUCCCUUCGAUUUUAGGGCUAUCUUUUGGGCUUCUGUUUCUAAUUUCCUAUUUUCCAGUAUUAGGUUUGAUUUUGUUGCUCUAGUUUUGGAGAAUGUCCAGUAUGGACCAUGUAACCUGUAUGGGUUGUUGCCGUUUAAUCUUAAUGUGACUUUUCUAUUUGAUUAAAAAAAGAAAAAUAUUAGCUCCAUUCUUUUUGGCCUGUAAUGCGGAUUAUGCGAAGUUGAUAUGAAUAACAAAACAGAGAGAAACCGAACAAGAGAAAUAGCUUGCAUCAAAAGAGGAUUCAACUCCUGCAUUUUUGGACUGGAGUAAAAGAAAACGCAGUAUCAGAUAAACAAGCAUAAAGGUUCGGGUCUGAUAAGCGACCAUGCAGAUACAUACCAA